AAAUUAAUUUGUACAAAUGGAAACUCCAAAGAGUUUAAGGAAAUCACGUAUUUCACGUAAUCCAACGCCAAGAUUAUCUGAGAGGAAGAGAAGUUUAUUUUCUGAUGGUGUAAUUAAAGUGGCGGGAAAUAUGUUGGAGGGAAUUGAAUUAUUAAGAUCUUCAAAAACGAUUAGCGAAAGAAGCUCUGCAACAACAAGGAGUAGGCUUAAUAUUGAAAAGUUAAAUUCAAAUUGUAAAUCAAGUGCCAUAGGUAUUAUUAACGAUGCUUCCAAGGACAUUGGGAAAUGUGUGUAUACGUCACCUUUACGCCGAAGUCCCCGAACAAAAUGUGAUAAAAAUACAGUAACGAACUCCUCUUUAAUAAUUCCAAGUGGUAAGGAAAAUGCACGAAAUACGGAUCGGGAAGAUGGUUCUGAUGAACAGCUACAAAAAAUGUUUAAAGCCUCAAUGAGGUUACCCUCUAAUAGUACCUCUGAAAUAUUGAAAAAGCGCCCAAUACUGGGGUCCGAAGCAAAAAAACGUCAUCUUGAACGAGCAGGAGAAAACGGUGAAUUAAACUCAUACAAAAAAAGUUCUAAAAUUUCUAUAAAUUACGAAGCUCCUGGCACAAUUUCAACAUUGAAAUUUUACUCCCGGCCAUCAAGUUUAUGUAUUGAUGCACAAAAAAACUUGCAAGUUACGAUAAAAUCGCCACCAAUAACUAAUAAAUCUAUUUCUCCCCGAAGUCGUGGUCGGCGGAGUUUUGGACAGAUUAAUAUUAACAAAGGAGUGAAACACAAAAUUAGACGACCGGUACGAUCAGUUAUAUCGAGAGAAAGAAAUGUUCGAAGUACCCUUUCUUCUGUAGACAUUGAUUUGAUAUUAAAAAAUUUGCGCAAUGAAAAUCUGAAAAAUCGCAUCGUAUCUAAACGAGUGGAGCGUCAAAAUAUAGAAAAGAUACAUAAUAUUUUUCGAACAUGUAAAAAUCCUAUAGAGAUGGCUCGGCCCCUCACUGUUAUUUCAGGAAUAGAUGAUACGAACAACAAUACAUCUGACUAUGUUUUGCCGACGAAUAAAAACGAUCAAGAACUUGAAAUGGUUGAAGAUAUUGAUACAGACUUUUCUGACAUCGAUAGUAAUUUUGACGACUAUCAAAUGCUUUCAAAUGCGGAAGAAAUCAUUCCUUUAAUUUCGCAUAAAUCAGCCACCAUAGAAGCUGAUAUUAUUGAAAAUGAGUACGGAAUUGUAACCGCUCCGACAAAAAAAAAAUUUUUUAAAUCUGGUCGAAGUAGCCUUACGCCUAAAGAAAUUCGUAUUACAGAUAAUAUUAGAGCUUCAAUUUGCAAGGGUAAAUUAUCUUUGAUACAAGAAGAAAAGAAAAUAAAAAGGAAACCUAAACGAAGACCGUCAACAACUUAUGAUAUAUCCGAUGAACAAGCUACUGUUGAAGCGAUUUUAAAGAAUUUAGAUGACACAGUCUAUGGUGAUAUGGACGAAGAUUAUAAAAUCAGUAUAACUAAUCAACCUAUUAAUGAACCAGAAGCUCUAGCCAAUCUUUUAUUGCAAACUCCUGACACGCAGUUAUUCACUGAAUUGGACUAUUUACAGUUUCGUAAACGGCUUCCGUACAAUACGUCUGAUCCUUUACUUAUAGAGCAACAAUAUUUGUUACUUGAUUUCCUAAUUAAUAAUAAUAUGUGCACGGAAGAAAACUUUACCAUCUUCAUAGCUGAUCCAGAUAACCACAAAGAAGAAGCUGCAAAAAUUGUUGACCAAGUUUUUGUAUUAGUAAAUGAACAAGAUUACUUUCGUCAACGUCUACCGUAUAAUACAGAUGAUCCCGAAGUGGAAGCGCAGCAACAUCAAAUGCUAAACUUUCUAAUAGAAAACAAUAUAUGUACGGAGGAAGCUUUUGAUAUUUUCAUUGCAAAUUACAACCAAAGACGUAAGGAGGCAGAUAAAAUAAUGCAAACAAUACGGAAACAAGAAAAAGAACCUGCCUCCAUAAGAAUUUUGCAAGAAGCCGACAAUGAAGUGAAAAUACAAAGCAUUAUUUCCGAAAAUUCAAAAAUUUUAGAUAAAACUAUUAUAGGUACUUCAGUUCAACAAAAUGUUGGCGAAACUCCAUUACCUUUAACUCAGUCUAGCGAAAGAGACAAGGAUAAGCUUUUCCCAAUAUUUGAUACAAAUACCUGGAAGCCUUUACAACAAAUGUCUAAACGAGAAUUUUCACGAACUUUGAAUUUGGAUCGGGGGACUAAUCAAUACCAAAUCGAUGCAGGACAGAGAUAUUUUGGUGCUCACAAAUGUAAACAAUGCGGUCUGGUUUAUAGUAUACAUGAAGUAGAGGAAGAGAAACUGCAUCGCGAUUAUCAUGUAUCUUUGCAUUUACUGCGUUUCAAGGGUUGGAUCGACGAAGAUAUCGUGGCUAUCUACCCCGAAUGGGGUUCGGAUGGUCGUAUAUUGCGUAUCACAGAAUCCUCACACACCAGAAGGCAUGAACGUUUAGCCGAUAUAUUAAAAAUUGUCGAUAAGGAGCUGGGAUUUGCGUCCUAUGUUAUCCCACCAACAUUUGUUGCAUAUUUGGCUGUCCGUAAACACCAAAUUGUUGGUCUUUGUUUAGUUGUACCUCUCGAAAAAGCUAACAAAUAUAUUAAAAUAGAAGGGCUGGACUGUUGCACCAAAGAAGAAUAUCCUGCCAAAUGCGGUAUAUCUCGUAUAUGGGUUUCUCCAAUACAUAGGCGUAUACAUAUAGCAACAAAACUAUUAAACGCGGCGCAGCAGAACACCAUAUUCGGAGAGGAAAUUCCACUGGACAUGAUAGCAUUCAGUGCACCAACUGAAGCUGGCCGAAAGCUCGCACAGAAAGUGACUCAAAUAGAUAAUUUUUUGGUAUACCAGUGAAAAUAGGCAUGGUUAAGGUGAAAAUAGGAAACGGAAAAUAAAGGAAUCCAAAGCCCUAGUUGUGUAAUUUAAUUGUACAGUCUAUAUUUUUACCAUGCAUAGCAAUAUUUUGUUAAUAUGUUUGAAACUGAGGGUUUUCAAUUAUAUUGUACAAUAUAUUUAAGAUUCAAUUUUUCGAAAUUGCUUUAUUUUGUAUAA